UGCCUCAGCCUCGCAUAAAGCCCCCCUUGCGUGAUGGAUCUUCGUCGCGCGGUACGGAAGGGGCCUUGCGGGAUGAAGAGGUCGCCUAACUGUUUGUUGUAGAGAUCGUAGGAGUUAAAGGGACCCACAAGGUCCCCACGAUGUCAACUUGGCGCUUCUCAAUCAUACCGGUAGCCCCAGUCGCUCACUUUGGCAUUCUAUCUAGAGACGCAAACUACGCUCUUACAUUGUUAUUGCAAUGAAGUCCUUCGACAAGCAUUCCUGGCUCGAAUUUUGGUUCUAUGGAGUCCAUCCUGGAAUCAUGAUGGCACUGACCUGCAUUGGUGUCAUGGCUACAUUGGAAAUGUAUCCGUUCAGGUUGAAGACCAACUCACGCCCUUGCGAGAAGUGCAAGAGAAGGGAGAACAAAGACAGCUUGGAGCAGUCUUCCACAAGCGCGACUUUCACAAUGCGAGAUGCCCGACCGGCUGACAACGACGACAAACUAUUCGAAGCAGAGCCAAUUAAUUACCGGCACCCCUCCUUCCGCUACUCGUUCAUUCCAACGUCGCCUUUCGGGGCUGCAAUGCCAAUCCGAGUGUCCUCAUCUCGCACACCGUCAUCAUACCACGCUGAUGGCACGCACGUACGCGUCCGCUCACUACAAAAUUUUCUACUCCCACCACUUUUCAGUCGUCAUCGGUUCAGUGGAGAGCAGUACUCUGACGGUACGCAGACACCCGACAAAGCGCGUAGCAGGCGGAUGAGUGCUGUUCCGGAAAAUAUGCGUGGUGUCAUGAUGGUAUGAUAUGAUCGGUGAAGAUCGGUGAGGGUGGAAAUUGUCCUCAGUAUCCAUGUACGCGCCGAGAUCAUCUUGAUGUACUUUUCAAUAAAAAUGAUACCACCCAUACACGACAGACGACAAUUCACUGAGGUUUUCAUGUUGCCAAUAUGCGUAGCUAUCAAGAGCAUAUCUUAUUCUACCAUCGUGCCAGUGCUAGUGCCAGUGCCAUUGCCAUCGCCGAU